UUGAAAUUAUUUCUUUAAAGUGACAUUCAUGUUUAACAAUAUCAGAAAUGUGUGAAAUAAUGGAGAAUAAUGAAAAUCAACGUAACAAGCGUAAUGAUCAUUUCCCAAAGAUUAUUUUAUUAAUACUGGCAGCCGAGUUCUGUGAACGAAUGUCUUAUUCUGGAAUGCGAGUUUUUUUAACCUUGUACUUGCGCAAUAAAUUGGAUUACACUGACGAUGAGGCAAAGGAAAUCUAUCACAUGUUCAAUGGUAUGGUCAGUCUUUGUCCCGUAUUCGGUGGGAUAGUAGCUGAUAAUUAUCUAGGAAAAUAUCGAACAAUAUUAUACAUGAUGUUUAUUUAUGUUUUGGGCAACUCAUUAGUAGCUGUUACCGCGAUACCACAACUAAUGUUCCCCGGUCGGUUAUGUACAUUACUGGGUUUAUUUCUAAUCGCGAUCGGCACUGGUGGUAUCAGGCCUUGUGUGACUGCGUUCGGAGGCGAACAGUUUGCUCUGCCUGAGCAGGAGAGACUGCUUACAUUGUACUUCAGUAUACUCUACUUCAACUUGUGUGUAGGCAGCCUUAUAGCGAAGACAUUAGCACCAAUAUUCAGAGGCGACGUCCAUUGCUUUGGUGAUAAGGAUUGUUAUCCACUAGCGUUUGGUGCACCCGUUAUUGUUAUUAUUAUUUCAAUAGUGGUAUUUGUGUGCGGGAGACGUCAUUAUAAAAUCAAAGAUCCGAAGGGAAAUAUUGUGGUUGAUUUUACUAAAUGUGUUUAUCUAGGAUUAAAGUUAAAAAUAACAAAACGUCGUCAGAACAAGCACUCUCAUUGGCUGGAAAGUACACGACACAAAUACGACAAUAAAUUUAUUUGUGACGUAAAGAGAACCUUAUCUAUACUUAAGUUGUUCAUUGUAACUCCGAUAUUUUGGUCACUUCUUGAACAAAUGGGAUCCAGUUGGGCGCUGCAAGCGUCAAGAAUGGACGGCAGAUUAGGGUCAUACAUGAUCAAACCUGAUCAGCUAAUCGUGCUGUCACCUAUAUCUGUUAUGAGUUUUAUAGCGUUAUCACAAAAGUAUCUCUAUCCAUGUUUAGCUAAAUGGAAUUUAUUGACGAAUCCGUUAAACAAGCUAAAAUUAGGGGGCAUCAUGGCUGCAUUGGCAUUCGUAGCAUCCGCCAGUGUCGAAACAUAUCUCAAGACAACGUAUCCAGAACUGCCACAAAAAGGUUUUACUCAAUUAAGAAUCUUCAACGGCAAUCAUUGUAGUGUUACAAUAUACAAUGAAGCGAAGAAUAUUUCCUAUACGAUACCAACUCUUUCACAAUUUACGAACACCAAAAUAAACGUAUUUAAUAAAGAGUCUGUCCAUUUAAAUUUCUUGAGUAAUUGUUCUCAAAUAAAAUAUAAAGAAUUAAUACUUGAAGAAAAAAAAGCCAAUUCUUUCUUUUUAACCAAAAACAAUAUUUAUAUUUAUGAUGAUAAUAUUGAGAAAAGUAAAUCAGGAUUUCCUAUAAUAAGAUUUCUAAUCACUGAUGAUGUCAAGAAACCCAUAGAAAUGUACAAUAUGAAAACAAAUAAUAUAGAAGUUAACAUAUCAACUAACAAUAUAAAUGAUCGAUGGGAAGUUUUUAGAUCAAAAUAUUAUAUAAAAGUUGGUGGACGUGAAAUCUUACACAAUACUCAACUCGAAAGCGGUGGAGUGUACAAUAUUAUUGUAGCAAAGGACACAACGGAUUACAUCGCGAAUGUAAUAUUGGUCACGGAGCCAAAUUCUAUAACAAUAUUACUUCUUAUUCCACAAUUCAUAUUUCUUUCAAUUGCAGAAGUAAUGUAUGCAGUAACCGGCAGUGAGCUUGCGUUUCGAGAGGCGCCAGAAAAUAUGAAAGCAGUUGUCGGCUCAAUUUGGAUCUUAAUGCAAGCGUUUGGCAAUAUACUUAUUAUUAUAUUCACUCGUUUGUUAGUUAAUGUGCAAAUGCAAACACAAUUUAUAAUGUACGCAAGCUUGAUGUUUUUGUCAAUGCUAAUAUUCCAUUACCAAAGUCGAAAUUACAAGUUCGCGGAAAAAAUUGAAGACGAAGAAUUACAAGAAAUGAAAGGACAUUCAAAAUAUAAUACUAAUGAAGUGGAAUAUAAAUUCAACGACACAAAUUCUGAAGAAUUAAAUGAUUUAACUAAACAGUAAACAAAAUGGAAAUUCCAUUAAACGUAGUAAUUAAAAUACCUCUAUUU